GGCUAUUUUUUUGAGAAUUUUUAGCACGACGGUGCGAAACAUCUGGCAACACUAAUUGCGUGGAAAGAAGAUGGAGAAGUGUCCGGCGUGUAACGAGUGCUCGGUAGAGAAAGAUUUUCAUUUUUCUCAGGAACAGUUGGUCUGUACGUCAUGCGGCUACGUAGUGAGCGAGGAGAACUUGCAGUCCGAAACGAACUUAGAAGGAACGACGUUAGUCUCGUCGGCUUCCAGACAGUCGGUGAGAUUCAACGUAGACAAACUACCGAAAUCCAUUAACGUCGGCGGAUACGAGAAGAUUUGCGAGGGGAAACAUACGGGUCUGGAGAGGAUCAAGUACCUGAAAUCCGUCUUGAAUUUCGGCCAGGACACGGCCGACGAAAUAAACGAACUGUACCUGAAAAUGUUCCAAAACGAGAACUUCGCCCGUUGCAGCCUGCGCAACAAAAUAGCUCUGUCCGGAUGUUGCGCCUACGUCGUAUUGCGUCGGCGCGGAUGGCCCAUUCUGGUCUCCUCCGUCUGCAACCUGUUGCAGUGCACGGCCUCCGAAUUCAACCGGGCUUUCACUACGACGCGGGAGUUGACGGGCACGGGGGUGGCCACUCCCCGGACGGAAGAACUGAUUCCCGUGGUAUUGAAGAACGUGGAUCUGGGAGAUGAGAGGGAGCGGAUCUACGCAAAAGUGUCCUCCCUUCUCCGACUGGCCUCCCGAUGCUGGCUGACGGCCGGGAGGAUUCCGCAACCCUGCAUAGUGGCGGCCGCGUUCGUGGCCUGGAAGUCCCUGUCCCAGAAACGUCUGAACUGCAGUUUCAAGAAGUUCUGCGACGAGAAGAAGGUGAAAGAGUAUUUUGUCACCUCGCGCAAGAGGCUCAACGAACUGAACGACGCCCUCUUGAAACUGGCGGAGAAAUUGCCUUGGGUGGAAAAGAACGAGUUGCGCGUCAAACACGUUCCGUAUCUGCUGGACGACGUGGACCGCAAUUUUCCUUCCCGGGAAACGCAGUUCGAAGAGUUUCGAAAGGCGUCGAAGAGGAGGGCGGACAGAGAGGAAGAGAACGAAGGACAGACGUUUUCGGAAAAUUUCGAGGACAGCGAGAUCGACAGUUACAUCAGAACCGAAGAAGAAGUGGCCAAAGUGAAAAACUUGGAAAAGAAACUCAAGAGUAAUUCCUAGUAAAGUAAAUAUAAUAACUACUUUUGUUUUAUAUUUUAUUAUCUACGCGAUAUCGUGUACUCGUAAUUAUGAUCGUACAGUUUAUUCGCAUUUGUUGUAACAAAAUAAACAUUUAAACGAUUUUCGUUUCCUCCCGGAUAAAGGAACCGGCGGAAGAACUGAGUCCAGAUAAAUUGCCAAUGUAAGGGAUGACGACGUUAUUUUAUAUCGAACGAUUGGUAUCUUUGAAACGAGAGAAGAGUAAUAAUUGUAGCUAUUUGUCCUUAAAUGGUAAUUACGAUAACACAUUUUUCUACAUUAUAUUAUUUUAACCGUCAUUUAAAGGUAAACGGUUAAUUAUUGUCCUCGUCUCGUUUCAAACAAGUUUCGAUUAAGAAAAAGCAUCGUCUCCUCGUCUUCGACCUUCGCUUUAUUAAUGUUUUUUGGUUGGUAUAAAUGUUAUUUUACUGUAUAUAUCGUUAAAAAGACGAUAACUUCUCGCUCGUCUUCGGACCUUUAACGUACGAAAAGUAUUUCUAAGGCAUUCGGACAAGAACGUCGUGUAUCGGAAUAAUCAAAUGGACGAUAGAAAACACUAAUUCGUUACGAAAAUAAAAGAUUUUUGAAAUAA